UCCUCCUCCAUCUGCUCCUCUAAGCAACCCGCCACGGCUCUCUGUAUCUUCCUCGACCUGCCCCUCGCAACCUCGUCUCCAAACCCUAACCCUAACCCUAACCCUAGCUCCUCCACUGCACAUUCGUAGGAGCCGGAACCCUAACCCUAGCCCGGCGUCUUCAAGCUCUCAUGGUUUCGUCUUUCGAGGUUCAUCAGCGCACUCCCCGCAACUCCUGGUUUUACUGGUAACUUCUCCGACGCCAACGCUCAGAAAGCACGAAUCUCCGUGAUGCUCGAGAGGGAUGAGCGCUCUUCUCCUCAUUGGUGCCCACGGUACUGAUGUUUCGGAGCAGUAAUGUUGCCGCUAGGGUUUUCGAGCGCCAGAUUCUUACCCCCCGCCCUGGGGCCAGUGUUAAUGUUGUCAGGCAAUUCUAUGAGAAUAUGUGUCCAAGUUAUACUAUAUACGAUAUUGAUUGCCCUGACCAUUCCUUUCGCAAGUUUACGGAUGAUGGCCAGUACCUCGUGAGUUUUAGCAGGAAUCAUCAAGAUUUGAUCAUAUACAGGCCCACGUGGUUAUCAUUUUCGUGCAAAGAAGAAGAUUGUGAUUCUCAUGAUCUGCCUCCGAAAGCAAAGAAGUUUGAUAGCUUUUUCACCCAGAUUUGCUGUGUCCCUCUUGCAUCCACCAAUGAGUUUAUUUGUAAGGACUUCUUUCUUUAUUUAGAAAAUCUCCAAUUCGGCUUGUUUGCGACGUCAACCGCGCAAAGCCAUGACACGCCUGCCACCGAGGGUGCGAUUCAUGGAGUACCUUCCAUAGAGAAAAUAACAUUUUACCUUGUGAGACUGGAAGAUGGGAUGGUACUAGAUGAGAAGGCCUUUUGCAACGAUUUUGUCAACCUUCCUCAUAGCAUGGGUGCUUUCUUAUAUGAGGAUCUAUUAUGCAUUGUGUCCCUACGGUACCAAAUAAUACAUAUCCUACAAAUUCGGGAUUCUGGCAACCUUGUUGAGGUACGGAAUAUAGGCGCGUUCUGCAGGGAAGAUGACCAGUUGUUUCUUCACUCGCAUGCGCAGUGCAUAGGAACUGUGGAUAAAACUAAGCCAGAUGAGUUAUCAACUCAAGUAGCUAAUGGUAUUCAACACCCUCAGGUUACCCAAGGGAGUUCUUUCCUUAGUGGUAUGAAGCAGAGAUUGCUUUCAUUCAUUUUUCGCAAAACGUGGAAUGAGGAAGCAGAUCAAACUUUGAGGGUUCAGCAUUUAAAGAAGAAGUUCUAUUUUCACUUUCAAGAUUAUGUUGACCUAAUUAUUUGGAAGGUGCAAUUCUUGGAUCGUCAUCACCUUCUAAUCAAGUUCGGUAGUGUGGAUGGAGGGGUUUCUCGAAGCACUGAUCAGCAUCUUGCAUUUUUUGUUGUUUAUAACAUGGAGACAACAGAGAUUGUUUCAUUCUAUCAGAAUUCUUCAGAGGAAAUGUACUCAUUAUUUGAGCAGUUCUGUGAUCAUUUUCAUGCAAAUUCAAGAAGUUCAUUCCAUGCGAAUUUCAUAUCUUCUCAUUCCAAUAAUAUCCAUGCUCUUGAUCAACUUUGCAGCAUUAAAACGAAAGCAAGCAAUGCCUCACAGUUUGUGAAGAAGAUGAUGACUUCAUUGCCAUACACUUGUCAAUCGCAAAGCCCGUCACCUUAUUUUGACCUCUCGCUCUUUCGGUAUGAUGAAAAGCUGAUUUCGGCAACAGACCGGCACAGGCACGCUUCCGAGCAUCCAAUAAAAUUUAUCUCAAGGAGGCAGCCGAAUGUUCUCAAGUUUAAGAUUAAACCAGGACCUGAGGCUGGCGGCUGGGACGCGAGGCCGAAGAGAAUUUCUUCGUUCUUGUUCCAUCCUUUUUUACCGUUAGCUCUUUCCGUCCAGCAGACGCUGAUGCAACCGACAGUUGUCAAUAUUCAUUUCCGGAGAUAAAAGCAGCGGCGUGCUGCUUUUGUGUUGUAUCUUGUGUUGUUACAGUGUAGAGGGCCGUGCCGCAUAUUUAAGUGUUGACGAUUUGAAGCAGAAUAGAGUUGUCUUUACCGUAUGGCUGCGCUGCGAGCUUUGGUUUUUUUUUUUUUUCCUCUAUUUUUGUUCGAUGAAUGUAUUACGUUUCUCCCUGUUUUUUUUUGUUCGACGAAUGUAUUACGUUUCUCCCUCCUGUGUAUUUUUGUUCGAUGAAUGUAUUACAUUUGUCGGAAACACAAUUUGAUAUGUUUCAUUCACAUAGCAUUUUCUUUUUGGGGAACAAGUUUAGCUCUCUCCCUAUCUUGAAAAGGAAGACGAAUGAAUUGCAAUACUAAUACUUCUAUGUAAAAUUCAACUACUAA